GGUAGCACCGCUCCGUUUCCAGCACACGGCUGUGCCCAACAAACAGCUGAGCUCGCACUGUGCGUGCAGCCGGAGCUGAAGUGUAGGUGACAGAGUGAGGGACGGCGGGAUGAUCUGCGGAGGAGCGCAGUCUCCAGCAGGAGAGAGUGAGGGCAGCACCGGCGUCCUGCUGUGGCUUCACCUCAACAUGCUGCCGAGCCGUGCGCGCUGGAGAGAAUCCAACAUGUUGAGAUCGGCGCCCGUUCAGCCAGCAGCCGCCCCGCCGGCAGGUCUCCGCUCGGCUCCGCUCCGUGGACGCUGCGCGCAGAUCAGCGGGGAUUCCGCGCUGCUGUUCGGCUCCGGAGGAAACAAGUGCACUGAGCUCUUCAGUCUCCUUCAGGCAGGUGCCUUUGGUGGCUUCCCACUGUGAACUUGGCACUCAAACUCUGAAGACCCCUCUGAAGCCCACUGGGAGGUCUGCUGCAACCUUUGAAGGUCUUAGGUGUGAAGCUGGUCAGCAGCGAUGAAGACCUGCUGUGUGUUUCUGGCAGCUCUGCUGCUCCCCAGCAUCCAAGCAGUGUGUCCAGAUAAGGAGCCAGGACUGCAGCCCUGGAUGCCAGGACACAACAAAGACCACCGUGUUACCAUCGGUUAUGGCAGGAAGGUCCUCCUCACAAGUUCAGCCACCGUCCACUCCAUUGAGAUUCACAGUGGAGGAAAGCUGGUGAUUGCUGACACCAACCGGCCCAUCCUGCUUCGAACAAAACACAUCCUGAUAGGCAACAAAGGUGAACUGCAGGUUGGAAGCCCAGAGUGUCCUUAUAAAGGAAACCUCACCAUCUCCCUCUUUGGAAGAUUGGAUGACAGUGAUCAGGAACACAGCUACUUUGGAAGGAAGUACGUUGGCGUGGGGACAGGAGGGACACUGGAGAUCCACGGAGAAAAGAAGCUGUCUUGGACGUUCCUCAACAAGACUUUACAGCCCGGAGAGAGCAACCAGAACAACUACCUGUUCCAGAGGAGCUGGGGGAACCGAGGCAUCAUUAUCCACGUCAUCGACCCCAAGACUGGAGAGGUGCUGCACGAUGACAGGUUUGACACAUACCGCAGUAAGGACGAGAGUCGUCGCCUUGCUAAGUAUGUGGAUGGCGUGGAGGCGGGGCUCAUACUAGCCAUGGUGGUAAAUGACGAGGGUUCCAACAACUUGGAGGACUCUGCUAAGAAGAGCCUCUCCAGGCUGGGCAGCCAGCACAUCAGCACUCUGGGAUUUAGACAUCCCUGGACUUUUAUAGUGACAAAGGGUGAUUCUUCUUCUAUAGUGGAGGACCACGCUGUUUACCAAGGGACCAAAGCCUCCUCUGAGGCCCUGAGCUCUCGUGUUUUUCAGUCGACUUAUGGAGACCAUUUCACCGUCAGCACCAGCAGCCAGUGGGUGCAAGAGGCAGAGUGGACAGAGUGGUUCGACAGGGAUGAUGAGAGGGGAUCUGGAGACUGGGAGAAACUGUCUGACCUGCACGUGGCUUACCCAGACCGGCUGUGCAGCAGUCCACUGGACAUCCAGGCUGAGACCCAUGACGGCAUACCAUCCAACCAGACAGGAGAUGUGAUCCACAAGAAUGACAAGGACUACGGCUUUGUCUGCCUCAACAAGGACCAGGCUCAUGGUCUCUGUCGCAACUACAGAGUCCGCUUCCUGUGUGGAAAACUGGUUCGUCCACAGGCCUCCAUCUCCAUCGACAUCACGUCCAACAGCAGCAUCCUAGAGCUGGCCGACCAACCUGAGGGCUGGCGGUCCGGGGAUCGGGUGGUGGUGGCCAGCACCGACUACUCCAUGCACCAGGCUGAGGAGUUCACUGUGAUGCCCUGUCCUACUUGCACAUCCAACCAGGUCAAGGUCCAAGGUAAGCCUCAGUUCAUCCACAUGGGUGAAGAAGUGGAUGGGGUGGACAUGAGGGCGGAGGUGGGCCUGCUGAGUCGUAACAUCCUCCUCCGUGGUGAGAUGGAGCCUGGCUGCUAUGGCAAUGAGGCCUGCAAAUUCUUCAGCUUCGACACUUUUGGAGGACAUCUGAAGGUGGAGCGAGGCUUCAGGGCGGUUCAUAUUUCUGGGAUGGAGCUGCAGCACAUGGGCCAGCAGACAAUGGGACACUAUCCGGUCCAUUUCCAUAUGAACGGAGACGUGGAUGAGCAGGGAGGCUACAGGCCCCCGACCUCCGUCAGCGAUCUCUCCAUCCACCACUCGUUCUCCCGCUGCUUAACCAUCCACGGCUCCAACGGCCUGCUGGUAAAGAAUGUGGUGGGCUACGACACGCUAGGCCACUGUUUCUUCACCGAGGAUGGGCCAGAAGAGAGAAACACAUUUGACCACUGUCUGGGUCUGAUGGUGCGAGCCGGGACUCUGCUGCCUUCAGACAGAGACAGCAAAAUGUGCCGUGACAUCACUGAAGGAGCUUACCCAGGUUACAUACCUAACCCACGCCAAGACUGCAGUGCAACUUCAACUUUCUGGAUCGCCAACCCCAAUAACAACCUCAUCAACUGUGCGGCUGCAGGCUCAGAGGAAACAGGUUUCUGGUUCAUCUUCCACCAUGUGCCCACUGGCCCCUCAGAGGGGCAGUACUCCCCGGGACACACUGAACACACACCUAUGGGCCAGUUCACCAACAACAGAGCCCAUUCCAACUACAGGGCUGGAAUGAUCCUUGAUAAUGGAGUAAAGACCACCCAGGCAAACGACAAGGACAAGAGACCCUUCCUGUCUCUGGUCGGAGCCAGAUACGGCCCCCACCAGGAUGCUGACCCCUUCAAACCCAGAGUCCCUGCUCUAAUCCACCACUUUGUAGCCUAUAAGAACCAGGACCACGGAGCCUGGCUGAGAGGAGGGGAUGUCUGGCUGGACGACUGCCAAUUUGCUGAUAAUGGCAUCGGCCUCACUCUGGCCAGUGGAGGGACGUUCCCAGAUGAUGACGGCUCCCAUCAGCAGGUGAAAAACUCCUUGUUUGUGGGUGAAAGUGACAAUCAUGGGAUGCCUCUGCCUGACAACCGGAUCUGGGGCCUCGGGGGUUCUGACCUCACUGGCAGAACCCUGCCACGUGGCGUUGAUUUUCCUAUCCGGGGCAUGCAGAUCUAUGACGGGCCCAUCAACAUGCAGAACUGCACAUUUCGGAAGUACACAGCGCUGGAGGGGCGACACACCAGCGCCUUUGGCUUCAGGCUCAAUAACUCGUGGCAGAGCUGCCCCAACAAUAACGUCACUGACAUCACCUUCGACCACGUACCUAUCACCUCUCGGGUGUUCUUCGGGGAGCCGGGUCCCUGGUUUAAUAAGAUGCAGAUGGACGGGGACAAGACGACCAUCUUCCACGACAAAGACGGCUCGGUCAGUGAAUAUCCCGGAUCCUUCCUGGUGAAAGAGGACAACUGGCUGCUCCGUCACCCCGACUGCAUCGACGUGCCCGACUGGAGGGCUGCUAUCUGCAGCGGCCACUAUGCACAGAUCUAUGUCCAGACACGUAACCCUGCCAACCUGAACAUGCACAUAGUGAGGGAUGAGUACCCUGAUCGGCCCCUGACACUAGAGGGCGCCCUGGGUAAGAGGAAACACUACCAGCAGUUCCAGCCCGUCAUCACACUGGCCAAAGGCUACACCAUCCACUGGGACCAGGCGGCACCUGCUGAGGUCACCAUCUGGCUCAUCAACUUCAACAGAAAUGACUGGAUCAAUGUUGGCAUCUGCUACCCACAAGGCACCACCUUCACCGUCAUCUCCGACAUCCACAACCGCCUGACCAAACAGACCCGCAAGACCGGCGUCUUCAUGAGGACGACGCAGAGGGAGAAGAUCAACCACUCGCACCUGGCCAGAGGAUACUACUACUGGGAGGAAGACACUGGCCUUCUCUUCCUGAAGGUAAAGGCCCAUAACGACAGGGAGCAGUUUGCCUUCUGCUCCGUCAAAGGCUGUGAGAGGGUGAAGAUCACAGCCGUCAUUCCCAAAGGCAGUCCACCCAGCAACUGCAUGGCCCAGGCCUACCCGAAACAUGCUGAGCUGCCCGUCGUGGAUGUUCCCAUGCCCAGAAAGAUACCCAACGCCAGGCUGCACUCACCAGAGCACUUCCUGGAGGUCAAACUGGAGUCCUACAACACUCGCUUCUUCCACAUCAAGGAGGACUUUGCUUUUACUGAGGUGAACGGAAGGAAGUUGUACCAACCAGAGGACGGGGUGCAGCUGACAGUCAUUGACGGGCAUGAUGGGAAGGUGGUGGAGAGCAAAGACUUCAGGAACUCCAUCCUGCAGGGCAUCCCUGCACAGAUAGACAACUACGUCAGUGGGCUGAGAGACGGUUCCAUCGUCCUGAUGACGUCCAAGGGCCGUCUGAUUACCAGAGGACCCUGGACCAAAGUCCUGGAGAGACUUGGGGCAGAAAAAGGCUUCAAACUAAAAGAUAAACUGGCGUUUGUAGGCUUCAAGGGCUCCUUCCACCCUGACUGGGUCCAUCUGGAGGUAGACGCUGACCGAGCCAAGGUCCAUCAGGUCCUGCCUGUCCCUGUGGUCCAUAAGAUGAAGCUAUGAGUUGUGGGCAGAGUGGGGAGGACAGCCAAGAGACUAUGUAGCCUCAGAUACUGACUCACAUACACUCCCCCCUAAAUAACAUGUACAGACACACACAUACACACUGCCAGCACUACAGAGUCAGUGCUCCAAGCCACUGGUCCAGGAUCAACUGGUGUUUUUUUGUCAGUUUGGCGGUGAAAAGAAAAGAUGUUAUUCAGUGGGUUAUAGAGGGGAAGACCAGGGCUAGCACUAGCCAUCAUGGCCAACCCCUCAGCAGAAGGCCUUAAGGUAACAACACAUCCUCUGGCGGCCAUAUUGGAGGUCCUCAGCUCUUUCACAACAGUGGUGUCAGCUAGUGGUGUUUGCAAAACUGGCAGUCUCCACAGACAGCAUGACUGAUAUUUGUUCUGUUUCUGACUUGUCAUUGUGUCACUAACAUCAUUAAUCUGUUUACAAGUUAGUUUAUCACUUAACUGAUCAUUGAUUUGGUCAGCAAACUGUGCCGUUAAAACCCGUCCUGGUGCACCAGCUGACGUGAACAUGAACUCAGUCUCGUGUUAACAGUAACAUUACUCAGCAGACUCGUUUGCUCUCUGAGGCCAAAAGCAUGAACUGACUCUUCUUGAGCUAUACAAGGUAAAGCUUUUAGAACGGACAGUUCAGUCUUGUAUGGUACUUAGUCUGUCCUCUAAUGGACUUCACUACUGGUUUCCACAGGCACUGUAACCUUUACAGCAAAGCAUGUCAGUACCCUCUGCCAUUAGAUAACAGUGUUAGACAGAUGAUGCUGUUAAGGCCCUGGAAUCAUUCACUGUUGUCUAAACGCAUGAAAAGAGAAGAAGAGUCACGGGUGAAGGCAGGGUGAAAGGCCUUGUCUCCUGACCCACGCUCUCUCUUCAGAAAGAAAAGCAGCAGUGGUCCAUUGACAGACAGCCUCUCUUGGACACAGUGGUACAAAGCAGGUCUCAUUUUACCAACUCUGAGCAUGAAGACGGAUCUUUGUUGGGUCUGGUUUGUCUCUGUCACCCAGUGAGGCUACUGCGUCAACACAAAUGACUUUGUCUAACACAUCUAAAAGCACAAGUGUAGCUGUUUCGAAAGCUCUCAAAUGCUGUUUGACAAUCUGCUAAACACUUCUGAAGCAUACUGAUGCCCUCAGAGCAUUAUGUGCCCCAUACCCUGACAGCACUUCUGCAGCUGUGUCACUAGUUUACAGCACAGAAAUUAAGUUCUCCUUAGUCACGAACGCUAACCAUCCCAAAUACGGCCUGGCCUAGAGAGCUGAGCGUUUAGUGUCAUCACCUUGUAGGGUUCAGGUAAAGUAGGAAGGUGCCCCAUCACAGUCACAUCCUCCAAUACUUCCCAUUAAUCCCACAGCUCUCCCAGGUCAGAUGGGACAUGUAAACCUUUGCGUUUAUUCUGACUUCAUCCUGGAGUUCCUAAUGCCUGAAAUAACUUCCGGAUCAGACGCCUGAACCAGCUCAGCUGAGGCCUUUCAGGAAACAGACAGAGGGAAGGCUGUAAGCACCAGUGAGCAGAGUACAGCCAGCUGGUUAGAAUUCUCUGCAGAGGGUUCCUCCUCCGUCACCAGGGUCUGCAACCAACAGUGAAGUCUAUUACAGUGGCUAACAGUUAUAAAUGACUCUGACCUCCUGCCAGUGACAGUCAUACACAAGUAUUUGGUAUUAGCAGAGAACAUGUUGCCAAGCAGAUUAAGGUAUAAUAAUAAUAAUGAUAAUAUUCUGUGCAGAGAUGCACAACAACUACAAAGCCACACAAAGCAACCACUAAGAGACACAAAAUCACUUCAAGAAGAAACAGAGCGGCUUUAGUCGACUUCCCUCAGUUGUUUCUGUCUCUCGGAGAGUUUCGGUCCACCUGUAAAAUCACCAUCACCAAUGUUAGAGGUUUUAAAUGAGUCACUUUUACGUUGAUCUUUUCCAACAGUCUGUUUUCAGCCUGAUUGAUUUUAUUAUCUCUACUGCUCGAUUGUCCAGUGGACCUCCAUGAUGUCAGCCACAGUUGCCAGGUGAUUCAUGAUGUAAAUGCGCAGCAUUUCUACCAACAGAGGGAGCAAAUACUUAAAGUGUGGGUCAGCUAAUCAAACGCAUGUAUAAUGUAUGUGUAUCAUCCCUCCUCUGCGGGUCUCUGUGAUGUGCAACAGAUUGUGUAAAAGUAGAGUGAUUUUAUGUCCUGCUUCAUUUGACUAAAGUGUCUAAAGAAAGAAAAGGAGAAGAAGAAAACAGAAACAUUCCUUGUUCUGCAGUCAGACCUGUGGUUGUUAACGUGCUCCGCUUCACUGUGAGCACUCGCUCAUUUGAUAUUGUGAUGUUUUACUGCCAUGUUUGUUUUCAUACCAGUGUUUGUGAUCCAUCCAUCUGUGUUGUUGGAGUGAACCAGCAGGAAGCCCAUAGUAAUAUAAAAGACACAAUUAAAUGAUCAACUGAAUGUUAAAUCAGGGAGGUUUUCAAUGUGCAAUGUCCCCCAUUUCAAAGUGACGGAGUAAUCUUCGUUUCAAUCUGGCGAAAAAUUUAAAUUAAGAAAAGAAUUCCUCCUUCCUUUACCGAAAUAGCUGGUCUUUUUUCGGAAGUUGUAGCAGUAAUUUAGUGUUUUGUAUGUUUAAUGUGUUUUUAAAAAUCCACAGAUUGCUAAGAGAUAUAUUUUCUACUUAUUUAUUGUACAGACACAGUUUACCCAAAUCUACAAGGGACAUCUUUUGAGUUGUAAUGAUGUUACUGUCCUCUGUGUGUACUGUACGUAAGAAACCAUUAUAGCUCCAUAUGAAAAGAUUUGUACCAGACACUCGCUGCAUACAUGCACAUGACUCUCGGUAUAGUUGGCUUGUUUUAACUGUACACCAAAUGGAUUUGUUGUAUAUGUGGCUUGGGCUUGUAAAGUAAUGAAGCUCCAUGACUUUGAAUUUCUUUGACGACUUUUGUACAGAAAUAAAUAAUGCUGAACAGUU